AUGGCCAGACCGCCGAAAAGUCGAUGGAGCAUCAAGUGGUCGGACACACACAUCUUCAAAGCAGAGCAAGAAGGUGACAGCAUCUCGCCGAGUUGUGUCGAGGACUGGUGUCGCACGCUGGACUCGCAGCUGGAAGAACGGUUUGGGCCAACUGUGCCUGCGAAGCUGUCCGCUGCAAGCCUGAACUUCUCUCGAUGCAGCCUGGAUGACGCAGCCCUAACGAAGUUGCUGACCUACCUCUACAGCCGCGACAUAACCGUUCAGAUCCUGAAGCUCUUCAGGAACAACAUCACGGACUCCGGAGCCUGGGCUGUCGGCCAGUUCAUGGCGCACAGCUCCCAGGCAGUGCAUGAAGUGCACCUUAGCCACAACAGCAUCUCCGAAGAAGGUGCCGCGGCGCUCUUAGAGCUUAUUGUCUGGAGCCGGAAGUAUCCCUACGCAGCUGAGAAUACCGGGCGCCGGGACGCACGUGGCUUCUCGCCGAUCUGGCUGCGUCUCGAACACAAUUGCAUAGACUGGCGCUUAAUCGAUCACAGGCUUCACCGCCCUGACCUCACCUGGACCACCGCAGAGUCUCGAGAUAACUGGCCACCCAUGGGAGACACCUCGCCAACUAUUUGCCUGCAUGCCUCCUUCAGGAACCAGUACGACAGUCACGAGCACGGGUGGGACGAAGAUGGUAACUGGGCACCUGGAUAUGCGGCAACAUCAUCCACUCCCGAUGAUGGGGGCUCGUUGCUCCUGGCUGCCCUCAAAGGAGAUGGUGCCCAGGACUUCGACAGGCAGCCUGUGCCGAAGCCCCGGCCAGCUCCGCUGGGCGCUGCGGUGACGGCGCCGGGGCCAAAGCAGCCCGUGACAUCGCCAGUCCUGAGCACUUCACCAUUGCAGAGCGAUCGAGGUGGCUACCCCUCUCCAACUGCGAUGCGACCGCCAACAAAAGUACCGCUAUCUUCUACCCCUCUCAGCCCCACCAGACAGGCACCCAUGCAACCGGGCCCCGUGCAGCAACUGACGGAGACCCAGGCGGCUGUACCACUCUAUUUGUUCCUAGAUGCCGGCGCUGCCCACCAGAUGCUCACGCGCGAGGACGGUAUGUGGCGAUUUCAGGGCCUGUUGAACCUCGCGGCGACAGGGCACUCGAAGUGCGUCCCGGAUGAUGAAAGCUUGCAGCUGCCUCCGUGGGUCGGGGACGUGCAGGACGCAGAACAGACCCUCACCGUCUUGACCGAAGACGUGCUAAAAGAGCUCGAAGAGACUCACCGCGAAGAUCCUUACGUGCGUCAAGAGAUCGAUCGCUACAACAAAAAGGAUCCAAGCUCGGUCAUCCGGCAAUGCCUGUCCUGGGGCUUGGUGGAGGUUGUUGAAUCCCACGCGCACCUGUCCCGCAUGCAUGUCGACAAGCAGAUGGAGGCAAGGGCUGCGGAGAUGCACGUCCCUGACUCCUCGCUCAAGGUCUUGGACUUUGCCUGCGUUUGGCAGCAGCAGGCGGAAGCACCAGGCAGAGUCAUGGUCAUAACGGAAGAUGUUGCGCUGCGGAGCUUUAGCGCGGAGAUGCCCUCUUCCAAGACUUGGCCAGGUGUAAUCCUGCUGGGGGAGCUGAACCAGCUGCUUUGGCAGGACGAUACCUACGGCGGCAGGAUUCUUUCUGAGAUCUCUGCUCAACCGCGGCCGAAGCCGCCAAUGCAGCCGGCUUACCAGGGAGCGAUGCUGCAAGCCGCGCUGGUCUGCAAGGUAGCUUCCUUUCGGCACGACAAUGUGGACAGGGGGCAUCGCAAUGACGGCUUCCCCAUGCUCAGACAUGAGCUUCACGAAGCCCUGUCGGUGAUGGCAAAGGCCCUGCGUCUGAUCAGGGCAGGUCACGGUGCUGGCAAUCUGGCCAUUGCGGAUCAGGCGGCGCAGACGACAAGGACGGAAGGCUCCAUCCGUCGUCUGCGAGAGCUGCUGAACCAGAUCUACUGA